AUGGAUUAUACCAUGGAUGAUGACGAUAUCGAUAUGCCAUAUGCGCCGCCUCUGCAACAAGCUACUGUCCCUCGUUGUCCAUAUAAUCAAGCUUCGCGGAAUAGCAUCCAUGCGCCCAACACACGGUACCCAGCACUUAUGAACCCUUGGGCAGGCUACCAUGGAGGUUACGUGCCCCCUUCGAUGUAUGGCACUCCCAAUAUGCCUCCAGUUCCGUAUAGCGGUGCAACUCCAGGUUAUGCUACACAGUACACACAAUGGUCUCAAACUACACAGGUUCAGAACACUAUGUAUCCCAAUUUUCAAGACCCACAACAUCAAAAUCAGCCGCCGCCUAAUAGACCAUUCCCUACUUUACCUCCUCCCGUGUCAGUACCCCCCGACUACUCUUGGUCGGCUCCCUGGCCUAACAAUCCUCGGGCUAGGUCAUCGUUCGCUGAAGAACCCGCUGAAGCGGACACUAUCAAUGAUAAUAUCAACCAUCAAGGAAUGGACUACAUGGGAAAUAGCGGAGCAGGCCCUUCAAGAGAACCAGCUCAACAACGGCGGCGGGAGCGGGAACGGCGGGAACGAAAUACUCCCUCAGGCGCUAAUUUGGAAGCCUCAAUGCAAUCCAAUCAUAGCAAUGCGUUUUCUGACAGUCCACUUCCUGUCAACGGUUCCGAGUGGGGUCGGCCGAGUGCUAGGCAAGAACGGCGUGUGGCUGAAGCUCAACGCAGAACGGCUUCCUUUACAGGUGCUAGAAGAAAUACAGAAACAGACGGUGACGAGUUUGGACAAAGCGAUGAUGAUGACGACCUGGAAGCAAUGAUUGGAUAUUCUCAAUACCUUCAAGUGGCGGACCAGGGCACACUGGCUUCUGCUCUACGUGGUCGUUUUGGAAGUCUUGGAGGUCUUGGACUACUCGAUGUGAGUGGGAAAAGAAUGCCAUCCAAGGACUUUCUGCUCUCACUCGAGAGCCCAAACCCCGAUGAGCUGUCGAAAGAAGAACGGAAUUGUAUGAUUUGCUACAACGACUUUGGUGUAAAGAAUCCUGAAGGCGUGAGCGAACAGCCAUUACGUUUGCCCAAGUGCAAACACAUAUUCGGAGCUACCUGUAUUAAGAAAUGGUUCAAGGAGAACGACAGCUGCCCGUAUUGCCGGGAUAAAGUUCCCUCGGAAUCUGCCAGGAAGGUAGUGUUGAGGCAAGCUCGCCAGUUGAUGCAUGAACACAUGCGAAGGCGUUAUCAAGCAGCAGCCGGUUCUGUUGAAGUCGGUCCCCUCAAUCCUGGCGCACUCAAUCCACAGGAACAUCACAGCAUGCCUUCGGGCGAUCGUACACCACCAGUCUGGUCAAGACCAUCGACAGCGGAGACAGCGGAAAGUCGACAUCGCGUUUCCCGAGGAAGAACUUUGGUCCAUAGAGCAGCUCUUCAAUCAAUGCGUCAGAAUCCGAUGAGUUCUACAAGAUUCUACACUCCCACUUCACAACUGCAAAAUGAAGCCAACCCUCCUUCAACACAUUCACGACAUAAUUCGAAUUCGGAAGGAGUAUCACCAGCGAUAGCUAUCGGAUCCACCUCAAAUAACGGAGACCGACAACCAGCUCUGCCCUCAACCAAUUCAUUGGGAAACUCGGCGAAUUCAAACAGUUACAUGACGCCAACAAACUCGUCGCCAGCAUACUCGGCAAUUCCAAACAGUUAUAUGUCUCCAUCCGCACCCCCUUAUUCUCAAAAUAGACCAAUCGCAUUCGGAUCUAUGAGGGCCUCUCCAUUCGACCUAACUCAACUCGAGAACCCCGCCCACUUUUACAAUUUUCAGCCCCAAAUUUCUCAACAAGAUGAUUCUACUGCGGUUCAAAGCCAGCAACAUGCUCUGCAACAGGAGGCCAUGCAACAGAGAGAAAUGGAGAAUCGAACCAAUGAACAGCAGUUUCAUCCACAUGGGAAUAUGAGAGGCUUCUAA